AAGACUGAAGCCCUAUUAGAUCAUGUCUCCAAUAAUCAAACGUAUUUCAUUAAUUGUAAAAUGUUCAACAAGCAAGCAAUCAUGUUUCAAAAUAUGGAGGACUGUACCACACAAAUGACAAACCUCGAUGAACUUCUACAUCCUAUGACCAUCUUUCACGUUGUGGAAUUUUUUAAAGAAGAUCCAGUGACAGUGGCUGUGGUGGCCAAGUCAUGGAUUGUAAAAACUACUAAGGGACAUCUUUGCUAUUGGCCUCGCUCAGGGGCAUCAAAAAAGGCCAAAAAGGGAAUUAUCCCUGACAAGGACAGGUGGGAAAAGCACCACGUCAAGCUUGUGCCACACUCCACAACCAAUGAUUAUGACAGGGCCUUGCGUUGGGUCAAGAGGGCGGAGACCCAACAAAAUGUACCGAGUGGAGCGGAGGCUCAGAGCCAGAGCAGGCCCCAUGUUGUGCCUGCUCGAUUUAGAGAGGACAACUCUGAUAGCAGCAUAACAGACAUUGAGGAAGAACCCCAGGCUGGGCCGAGUCACCACGCUGCUACCACCACUCUACUGACUCCACUGCCCAACUGUCCUCUCUACGAAGCUGACAAGCGAUCGGCAUCACAUGCCCCCAGUGGGACACCGCCCACCAUUUCAAGCCCGGACAUGGGGAAUGAUCCUAGGGAGGACAUAAAAAAGCUAUUAACAAUGAUGACCUCAUUCCAGACAAGAGUACUUGCAAAAUUGGAGCACAUGGACGAGGUGCAGCAGGAACUCAAAAGGCUGGUGUGUUCAGCUGUCCCUGCCUGA